AUGAACAGUGCGGAUUCUGGAAUAUGGAUGUGCAUUUUAUUGCAUCCCUAUCAGCGUAAAAUGAAUGCUGGUGGUGGUGAUGAGGAGAGCCACAGGUUGUCGGGGCAGCAGCGGGCAGAGCCAGCUGGACAAGCCCGCGCAGCGACUCCACCGCAGGCACAGGGCGCGCGCGCUCGCCCGAGGUGGGAGAGCCAGGAGGGAGGGCGGGAGGAGCGGGGAGGGGAAAGGAAGCGGGGAGGGAAGCGGGGAGCGGAAAGGGAUGGGGAGGGGGGGAUCGCCCCGUUUCCACAGCGACCUGGCUUACGUAAGGCGCCUCGCGUGGGCUGGGGCUCCGGCCGCGCGCGCAUCGCCUGCCCCGCCCCCGCCUGGCGCAGCUGCGGCUCGGUGCGGUCGCAGCUGCGCGCGGUCAGCGGUCCACGUCGCGCAGCCUGCCGGGCGGAGCCUGACGCCCGCCCCUGCCUCGCCCCCGCGCGUGGUCGCCGCGACCCGGAGCUCGCCGCCCCCAGACGCCGACAGCCGGAGGCGAAGGCGGCGGCCGCGCUCCUGCUGCCGAGCACCGUGUCCUCUCGCCAGCUCCCCGCCGGGGCCCGCGUCACCAUGAGCCCCGAACCGGUGCCGCCGCCGCCGCCACCACCACCACCGCCGCCGCCGGCUCAGGCUCAGGCCUCGGCCUCGGCCCCGGCUCCGGCCCCGGCCCCGGCCCCGAUCCCGGUCGCGAUCCCAAUUCCGGCUUCGCCUCACGUUCUGGUUCCGUCUCCGGCUCCGGCUCCGGCUCCGACUCCGUCUCCCCAGUGUUUCCGCUGCAGCUACGGAGAGCCGUUCGUCCGGCGGCUACAGAAGGGCAAUGAGGCCUUCCGCGCCGGGCAAUAUGAAAUGGCAGCCGAGCAUUUCCGCUCCUUGCUGGCCGGCUUGCCCAAGCCUGACCGCGGCCUGUGCCUGCGGCUGGGGGACACGCUGGCCCGCGCCGGCCGCCUCCCCGAGGCCCUGGGCGCGUUCCGCGGCGCCGCGAGGCUCGGGCCGCUGCGGCCCGAAGAGCUGGGGGAGCUGGCGUGCGGCCUGGCGCGCGCCGUGGGCCUGCGCGAGCGGCGGGUGCUGCUAGUGCCCGUGGCGAGGCCGAGCCGCGCGCUCCGGGCGCCGGGCGAGAGGCGGCCAUCGCCGGUGCCCCCGACCCCCCGCGCCCUGCUCAGCUGUCCGCGCUGCCGGAAACUGCUGUACAAGCCGGUGACCCUCCCCAACGGGGUGACGGUCUGCAAGCGCUGCGUGGAGCUGGGGUCGCCGCGGCCGCAGAUGCGACGCGUGAACGUGGUGCUGAGCGGCCUGAUUGAGAGGUGCUUCCCGGGCGAUUGCCGGCUGCGCAGGCUGGCGGGCCAAGCGCGGAAUCUGCAGCGCCAGCAGCAGCUGGACGCCGCGCUGCUCAAGUGCGAGCAGGCCCUGGCCCUGGCCCCUGAGGAUGACUCACUGCUGCUGCUUCGAGCAGAGCUGUGCUUAAUCAUGAAGAACUAUGAGCAAGCUCUGCAGGAUGCUGAUGUGGUUUGCCGGAAGGAGCCUCUCCUGACUAAGGGACACCACCUAAAAGCCCAGGCUCUGUCUGGAUUGGGACGAAGUAAGGAAGUGCUGAAGGAAUUUAUCUAUUGCCUCGCUUUAAAUCCUGAAUGUAACUCAGCGAAGAAAGAAACACAGAAGGUAAUAUGUGAAGUGUUUUUUCCACCUUCAGAAAACACAAAUCAAAACUCGACCUCUUGCACCCAUGGCAGAUACAAAGCUCACUGUGAUAGCCAGACAAACACCCAAGUGGAAGAAGACGAUGACCCAGGGAGCCCUGGGAACUCAUCUGAGAGAGUUGAUAUGUUUAGAAAUACAAAUUCUUCGGUUUUAUAUUUUAUACUGGGACUGCACUUUGAAGAGGAUAAAAAAGCAUUAGAAAAUGUCAUCCCAGUAGCACCCAGCACUGGUUUAAAGAGACAGCUUCCCAGUGACAUGGAGGAUGCGCACGGCCUCCCUGGGAAAAUUCCCAAGAAAGAUGCAGAUUGCCCACCUCAGAGGACUGUGAUUUCUAAGAUGGGAGAUGAUCUCGAAGACUUUACUGUUGACAUGACUGACUUUGAGUGUGCCCUUUGCAUGAGGUUGCUCUUUGAGCCUGUCACUACUCCUUGUGGACAUACAUUCUGCCUGAAAUGCCUUGAGCGCUGCCUGGACCAUGCUCCACACUGCCCACUGUGCAAAGACAAGCUUUCUGAGUUGUUGGCAACCAGAAAUUUUAAUAUAACUAUACUGGCCGAAGAAUUGAUAUUUCAGUAUUUGCAAGAAGAGCUGUCUGACAGAAAGAGAAUUUAUGAUGAAGAAAUGUCAGAACUAUCCAAUCUGACCAGAGAUGUGCCCAUCUUUGUGUGUGCCAUGGCCUUCCCCACAGUUCCCUGUCCCCUCCAUGUCUUUGAGCCCCGGUAUCGGCUUAUGAUAAGAAGAUGCAUGGAAACCGGCACCAAACGAUUUGGCAUGUGUUUAUCUGCUGAACAUGCAGGGAUUUCAGAGUUUGGCUGCAUGCUGGAGAUUAAGGAUGUGAGAACUUUCCCAGAUGGGAGCUCUGUUGUGGACGCCAUUGGAAUCAGUCGGUUCCGAGUUCUGAGCCACCGUCACAGAGAUGGCUAUAAUACAGCAGACAUUGAGUAUCUGGAAGAUGAAAAGGUGGAGGGGCCAGAGUAUGAAGAACUUACCACUCUUCACGAUUCUGUGUAUCAGCAGUCUGUGUCCUGGUUUUCUUCUCUCCAGGAUCACAUGAAAGAACAAAUUUUAAGUCAUUUUGGGGGAAUGCCAGACAGGGAGCCUGAGCCUCAGAGCAAUCCUAGUGGCCCGGCCUGGUCCUGGUGGAUCCUGGCAGUGCUGCCACUGGAGCGCAAGGCUCAGCUGGCCAUCCUUGGCAUGACCUCUCUGAAGGAACGUCUGCUUGCCAUCCGACGCAUACUAGUCAUCAUCACGCGUAAGAUGAAUAAUCGCCAAGAGGUGGCUCCCAACAAGGAGAGAAAUAACUGAUUUUCUUCUUCUGUUAUGGUUUCUGGAAGCCCCUGUCCAUUUAUGAGUGCCGGGCAUGGACAAGUACCCAUCAAUUAUUGUGCUCUGUAAAAUGUUCAUUGAUAAGAUUACCAAAUGGGACACUUAACCAAACACUUAAUACCCUCUCACAAUUGCCAAGUUUGUGCCUGGUGGAAUCUGUUGCUGUAAAAGGUUAGCCUGAAGUUCAGAUAGAGCCCAGGGUUGGAAAGCCACCUAAGAAAAUCACUUGGAAGCAGAUGUUUCAGGAGGUCACUGGCGGCAGGGAACAGCACAGAUGGCAUAUAGUGGCUUAGGGUCCACAAGAAAGGAGAAGCUGUUCUAGUCAGUAUCUCACCCUGCUAAAUGGAAAAAUGCAUGUAUCUGUGGCCAGACAAUAAGAGGAAAUCAUGUUUUCAUGUGGAAACAGAUGGGUUAGAACACAGGCUGACCAAAGAUGCACUUAGGCUUCGUGUGUUGCUGUAAAGUUGUCUGUGAACUUAAGGAAUCAAACCCUUGUCCAGUGCCAGGAGCUAAAAUGAGUCCUCACCCAAGAAGUAGCAAUUACUGGAUAGAACUGUGUUUACUGUCCUGUUUUAGUCCCAGGUGUUGUAAAUUGCAUGUUGUAUUCAUUAACAGUGUCAAAAAUACAAUACGUUUCAUGGAUAUAGCAAAGUUGGAGAAUAGUAUAGUGAACUUGAGACUAUAUUUACACACUCUGAAUAAACAGUGAGUUAAAACUAUAAAUGCAUUGGGAUGUCAAACAUGUAGCCAGACUAGUACAGAAACCCUUGAAAGUGUAACUGUUCUCAUCAAUUGAUUGCGUACUAAACAUUGAGGCCAGUCCUCUUUUUCUGCCAGGAUUUUCAUGAGAAAUUAGUCUCAUCAGUAAAAUUUAUGCUACUAUCCUUCCACUAAUAUAUGAAGACAUUAAAAAGCUGUCAUAAAUGGUAAAGUCUGUCUAUUCUGAGGAAAUGUACCAGAAUAUGCAAGAAUAGGUGGUUGAUAAAGGGUAAAUAUUUAGGUUUCUCCAAUACCAAACUAAAAUGGUGACUUUUUAAACAAAGUUUUAUGUUUAUUAGACCAUGAAUUACCAGUUAAAGAACAAUGGGUAUAACUUCCAACCUGUGAUGUAUGCUGGUAAUGCUGGUUGGAAUAACUAUCGAUCUGAGAUGUGCUCACUGUCCUAGCCAGGUGCUGAGAGUUUGCUUCUUAGUUUAUGAGGUGGGCAUCCACUGAAGGAAAGUGUGAACUAAUGGGCACAUGACAAUUGCGAGCUUUGCCCUCUUCAUUCAAGGUAUGUGAUCUUCAAGUUUUAAAAAGUGUAUUUCACAAUAGUAAAUGUCGAUGGGUUAUCAACCCAUUAAGCAUUAGAAAGACCUUAUAAUAUUUAUAAUUUGAUGUAUUGUAGGAGUUUUCAGCAGUUAAAACUUAAGUGAGGUCAUGGGAGUUAGAAAAUACAUUAGUGAAACUUAACUAUACAGCAGAACAUUUAGAAGUAUUUGUUGACUCAGUGUUUCAAGUACUUAUGUAGUAUUUUCUUAAGCCAUGUAGCCUAAUUAAUCUGACCACUUAAAAAACAAAACUGCUUUUCAUGUGCAGAGAUCUUUACUAGAAGCUAUUCCUAGAAAGUAAUAGAUAUUAGCCACUCUUCUCUAGAAUUUAUUUUAUAUUUUAAUAACAUAUAUGAAGAAUUGUAGCUAGACACCAGCGGCUCAUGCCUGUAAUCCUAGAGCUACUUAAGAGACUAAGAAAGAAGAUUGCUCUUCAAGGCCAGCCUGGGGGAAAAAAUUCCACAAGGGCAGGAGUACUACCCUUGUUGCUUCCUAAUAGAGGAGCUCGAUCCAGGAGGUGUUUGGGCAUGGAGGCUCUGGGUUGGUUAAUUUGCUUAAGGAAUGUGUGCUCUCAAGCAUCCUCUGCUAUGUAAGAAUUGACAAGCAGAUGGGAGAAUAUGAUAAAAGGGAUGACGUUGAUCAAGAUGCAGUGUACUCAUAACCUCAUGGAAUUGUAACCUCUUUGUACAGCUACUCAAUAGUAAACCAUAUAUAUAUUUUAAAGAAUUGACCAGCCCUGGUAGGGACAUUCUUUUCUUUGUCAGGAAAGCUCUGACAUAAAAAUUAUAACCAAAACAUCAAAAAUUAUAAAAACAUGAUUAGUUCAAACUUGUUCUAGUAUUUCUGGAGAGAGAUUUAUUUUUUCAAAAUGAUUUAACUGUUUUUUUGCAAAGGAGAACUGAAGAUUGUUGUAAGUUAAGUUUAACCAGGUUGAUUUCAGCAAGAAAUAGGUUCUAGAACCAGUCAGAACUCUAGACCCACACUCUAGACUGCCUCUCCCUAAGACAGUGAGUUGUUUUCCAAUCAGAAAAGCAGAUAUUAUUUGAUUGGUGCAGUCCAGUAUUUUCCUUAUCUGGGAGCCUUUCUUCUGGGAUUGGCUAGCAUUUCAGCUGCUAUGAUUGGUCAAGACCCAGUUGCUUGCUCACCAGGAUAUACACUUAAUUACAAUUUGCUCGAACAUCAAGCUAAGUUACAAUUAACUGUAUGUGGAGCUGUCCUAGACCAAAUUUCAUCAUCCAAGUAUGGAGUCAGUUUAAGACAACUAUAAUUUAAGAGUUCCCCACUUUGGGUCAUCCUUUUAGUCCUUACAGAGAUUAACCAAAACCAUAGUCAGGGGAAUGACACCAUUUUCUGCAUCUACCACAGUGAAUCUACUUGAUCAGCCUAGUUCAGAAUUGGCAAUUUAAUACUGUUCUAGAUGACUCUUACAUUUUUGUUAUUUCAUCUGCAAUGAAACCAUUUGAUAUUAAUACUAAAAUAUUGCAGUAACCAAAAGAAUGAACUCAAAGUGACACAGUUGCUCUCUCAGUCAAGUUAGGAACAUUAGCGCUGAAUUGUAUCCAGGUCUUAAUUUAUAAAAGUACUUAAAACUUCUAAGCACUACACGGUAUACAUUGCCAAGAAACUUUCCAGAAGGCAGCAGUGAGCUGAGCCAAAUAGAAGACCUGAACCAAUAAAGAGGCAGAACAGAAUAAGCAGAUUCUCCACAAACCCAGUGUAGGCCUCAGGAACUGGAAAUGAGGACCACUUACUGAUAUUUGAGCAAGAAUCAUUUCUCUACUUGCUCAUAAGACUGCCCAUAAAUAUAACCAAAGUGCAAUGGGAAAAGUGCUCUAACGUACUUUCUCUAUCACACAUUGAAGAUGUAUAACCACAUUUGUCAUUAAGGGCACCUUCUAAUUUUAGUCAAGUGGCAUAUAUAAUCAGUCAUUCAAAACCACGUAGACAGCCUGAGUAUAGGUUAACUAAAAGUACAAUAUAAGACAUGCCUCCUAGAUGCUACCUGGACAAAUUUUCUUCACUUUGUAACAACCAGGUUACUAUUGGAAAGGGCAGAGUGCUACUUCCAGCAAACCUAGGAAGCAAAGGCAGUAGUGAUGUUGAAGCUCUCCAUUUUUCCUUUGGAGUUUUGGAGUAUUUCCCAUCAGAAUCCUGAAGAAUAGAUAUUAAUGGAAUAGCUUCUUGAUUUUGUGGAGUUAGUCUACAGACUUAAUCAUUUUGGUUCUUGCUAGAGCAUAAAUCUUUGCAGACAUCAGCAGGUUAUUUCAUUGUGGGGAAAUGGAAGAGGUUAGAGGAGCCAGAAGAAA